CAGCCUAAUGCACAGCUUCAUUUCGAGACCAAUGAUUUUGUGGUCUCUGUCUGUACUGUAUUUAUUUUGCAAUAAUGUAGAUAUGAACGAUACUGCAUCCUCCUGUGAUACCUAGCUAUCCGUCCAUGAUUUAGGCAAAGCAAAGCGACGUUGACAUUUUUACAGAGGGGCAGACUGUCUGACCAGCUGACCGUAUCGGCAAUGAGGGGUUUGUUUUCCUUAACAACUAGUUAGCUUCAUCCACCCGUGUUGAAGCGAGGAAUUAUGUUAUAACGUUUAUGAUGUGGCAAACAACACCUGUAAACGGUAUGUCAGUGUCAGUCUGUCGAAUGAGUUAACGGACUCAACUCUAAACUAAAGCGAUUUAACGAGCUAGCUGUAAACAUCUGUUUACUUACUUGGUAACUAGAGCUAGCUAGCAAGCACUGACAAGAAGACAAAAUGUGGCAAAGCGUUGGUCUCACUGUGCUGGUAAUUGUGGCCACCCUUGUGUGCGCGUUACUCUUCAUGGUUUUUGGUUGGUAUGUUGUCUGGCAGCUCUUCCUGUCCAAGUUCAAGUUCCUGCGUGAGAUGUUGGGCGACACCGGCUCUCCACAGGCCGAGACCCAACCGUCCGAAUCCAGGAGCGAACGUACCUCUCCUCCACCCCCACGCCAGAGGCCCAAGACUGCCCGCCAGAGGGCUGUUCCUCCUAAUAGUACUACAUAGAUUACCUCACCCAUCCGCUGUCGGCCACACCCUGUCCUGUUGUUCACCAAACCAGCCGUCCCACUAGGAAACAGUGGUGGACAAAAACCCCUUUAAUAAAUUGCAUGAUUUGGAAUGGCAUACUACUCCCAUGUCCGUGUAUACUGCUGCCUCUCCUGAUGAAAUCCACCCCUCCACUCUGCACUACUAAAGACAUCCUCGUUGAUGACACUUGACACUCUACUUUUCUCUCCUGGACACGUUCUUCUUACUAGACUAGGCACAGCUGCUGAUAUUAUAAAGGGACAAGCCAUCAAAUCAUGGAACAUUCUGUAUGCCACUUGUUCAUGUUUCAAAUAUGUAUUUUAGCUGUUCACCGUGUAUGUACUGAGCAGCAUGUCUGGUCUCUUCACCUGGCCUUCACUGACACUGCAACAUGGUCACCUCUAAUUGGCUGACGCUGUAACAUGGUCAGCUCUGACUGGCUGACACUGUAACAUAGUCAGCUCUGACUGGCUGACACUGUAACAUGGUCACCUCUGACUGGCUGACACUGUAACAUGGUCAGCUCUAAUUGGCUGACGCUGUGACAUGGUCAGCUCUGAUUGGCUGACGCUGGAACAUGGUCAGCUCUGUGGACUCCCGAGGGGCGCAGCGGUCUAAGGCACUGCAUCUCAGUGUUAGAGGCGUCACUACAGACCCUGGUUCGAUUCCAGGCUGUAUCUCAACCGGCCGUGAUUGAGAGUCCCAUAGGGCGGCGCACAAUUGGCCCAGCGUUGUCCGGGUUAGUGUCGUUCAGGUUAGGUUUUGGCCGGGGGAGGCUGUCAUUGUAAAUAAGAAUUUGUUCUUAACUGACUUGCCUAGUUAAAUAAAAGAUUGGCUGACACUGGAACAUGGUCAGCUCUGAUUGGCUGACACUGGAACAUGGUCAGCUCUGACUGGCUGACACUGGAACAUGGUCAGCUCUGAUUGGCUGUCAUGCUGCUGACACCUGCAUUUGGAAUCUGUUUCUCCAACAGCAGACAGCUGAGUGUGAGUUCUCUGUCGUGUGUGUGUGUGUGUGUGUGUGUGUGUGUGUGUGUGUGUGUGUGUGUGUGUGUGUGUGUG